GGAGCCGCCGGGGCAGAAGCCGCACUUGUUAGUGUGGGGGGAGGAGGAGGCCGGGGGACGCCAACACCGUCUGCCAGGGACGCCGAGGAGAAGGCGGGAGGGGGGUGGGGGCGAGAUCGGGCUCCGACCCCCGGCCGAGGGGAUGAGGGGAGCAUGGGCGCCAAGGAGUCACGGAUCGGAUUCCUCAGCUACGAGGAGGCGCUGAGGAGAGUUACAGAUGUAGAGCUGAAACGACUGAAAGAUGCCUUCAAGAGGACCUGUGGACUCUCAUAUUACAUGGGCCAGCACUGCUUCAUCAGAGAAGUGCUUGGGGAUGGAGUGCCUCCAAAAGUUGCUGAGGUGAUUUAUUGUUCUUUUGGUGGAACAUCCAAAGGACUGCACUUCAAUAACUUAAUAGUUGGACUUGUCCUUCUUACAAGAGGCAGAGAUGAAGAGAAAGCAAAAUACAUUUUUAGUCUUUUUGCAAGUGAAUCCGGGAGCUAUGUUAUACGGGAAGAAAUGGAAAGAAUGCUCCAUGUGGUGGAUGGUAAAGUCCCAGAUACACUCAGGAAGUGUUUCUCAGAGGGUGAAAAAGUAAACUAUGAAAAGUUUAGAAAUUGGCUUCUUCUAAACAAAGAUGCUUUUACCUUCUCUCGUUGGCUGCUGUCUGGAGGUGUAUAUGUGACCCUCACUGAUGAUAGUGAUACUCCCACUUUCUACCAAACUCUGGCUGGAGUCACACAUUUGGAGGAAUCAGACAUCAUUGAUCUGGAGAAACGCUAUUGGUUGCUGAAGGCUCAAUCCCGAACUGGACGAUUUGAUUUAGAGACAUUUGGCCCAUUGGUUUCACCACCAAUUCGUCCAUCUCUAAGUGAAGGUUUGUUUAAUGCUUUUGAUGAAAAUCGUGACAAUCACAUAGAUUUUAAGGAGAUAUCCUGUGGGUUAUCAGCCUGUUGCAGAGGACCCCUGGCCGAAAGACAAAAAUUUUGCUUCAAGGUGUUUGAUGUUGACCGUGAUGGAGUUCUCUCCAGGGUUGAACUGAGAGACAUGGUGGUUGCACUCUUAGAGGUCUGGAAGGACAACCGCACUGAUGACAUCCCGGAAUUACACAUGGAUCUAUCUGACAUUGUAGAAGGCAUAUUGAAUGCACAUGACACCACAAAGAUGGGCCAUCUUACUCUAGAAGACUAUCAAAUCUGGAGUGUGAAAAAUGUUCUUGCCAAUGAAUUUUUGAAUCUACUUUUCCAGGUAUGUCACAUAGUUCUGGGGUUAAGACCAGCUACUCCAGAAGAGGAAGGACAAAUUAUCAGAGGAUGGUUAGAACGAGAGAGCAGGUAUGGUCUGCAACCCGGACACAAUUGGUUUAUCAUCUCCAUGCAGUGGUGGCAGCAGUGGAAAGAAUAUGUCAAAUAUGAUACCAGCCCUGUUGUAAUUGAGCCGUCAUCUGUUCUGAAUGGAGGAAAGUAUUUAUUUGGAACAACAGUACAUCCUAUAGAGCAGAGUGAAGAUAGAAUCGGAGGAGGCAGCCCCAGUUAUGUGAACACCACAGAAGAGAAAUUUUCAGACAACAUUUCUACUGCAUCUGAAGCCUCGGAAACUGCUGGCAGUGGCUUUCUGUAUUCUGCCACACCAGGGGCAGAUAUGUGCUUUGCUCGACAACAUAACACUUCUGACAAUAACAACCAGUGUUUACUAGGAACCAGUGGGAAUAUUUUGUUGCACCUCAAUCCUCAGAAACCAGGGGCUAUUGAUAACCAGCCACUAGUAACUCAAGAACCAGUAAAGGCUACAUCAUUAACACUAGAAGGAGGACGAUUAAAACGAACCCCACAGCUGAUUCACGGAAGAGAUUAUGAAAUGGUUCCAGAACCUGUAUGGAGAGCACUUUAUCAUUGGUAUGGAGCAAACCUGGCCCUACCUAGACCUGUAAUCAAGAAUAGCAAGACAGAAAUCCCAGAGCUGGAAUUAUUUCCUCGCUAUCUUCUCUUCCUGAGACAGCAGCCUGCCACUCGGACACAGCAGUCUAACAUCUGGGUGAAUAUGGGAAAUGUACCUUCUCCGAAUGCACCAUUAAAGCGGGUCUUAGCCUAUACAGGCUGUUUUAGUCGAAUGCAGACCAUCAAGGAAAUUCAUGAAUAUCUAUCUCAGAGGCUGCGCAUCAAAGAGGAAGAUAUGCGCCUGUGGCUAUACAACAGUGAGAAUUACCUCACUCUUCUGGAUGAUGAGGAUCAUAGAUUAGAAUAUUUGAAAAUCCAGGAUGAGCAGCACUUGGUAAUUGAAGUUCGCAACAAAGAUAUGAGUUGGCCUGAAGAAAUGUCCUUUAUAGCUAACAGUAGUAAAAUAGAUAGACACAAGGUUCCGACAGAAAAGGGGGCCACAGGUCUGAGUAACCUGGGAAACACAUGCUUCAUGAACUCAAGCAUCCAGUGUGUUAGUAACACACAGCCACUGACACAGUAUUUUAUCUCAGGGAGACAUCUGUAUGAACUCAACAGGACAAAUCCCAUUGGUAUGAAGGGACAUAUGGCUAAAUGCUAUGGGGAUUUAGUACAGGAACUUUGGAGUGGAACUCAGAAGAAUGUUGCCCCAUUAAAGCUUCGGUGGACCAUAGCAAAAUAUGCUCCCAGGUUUAAUGGGUUCCAGCAACAAGACUCCCAAGAACUUCUGGCUUUUCUCUUGGAUGGUCUUCAUGAAGAUCUCAACCGAGUCCAUGAGAAGCCAUACGUGGAACUAAAGGACAGUGAUGGCCGACCAGACUGGGAAGUAGCUGCAGAGGCCUGGGACAACCAUCUGAGGAGAAAUAGAUCAAUCGUUGUGGAUUUGUUCCAUGGACAGCUAAGGUCCCAAGUCAAAUGCAAGACAUGUGGGCAUAUAAGUGUGCGAUUUGACCCUUUCAAUUUUUUGUCUUUGCCACUACCGAUGGACAGUUAUAUGCACUUAGAAAUAACAGUUAUUACGUUGGAUGGUACUACCCCUGUACGAUAUGGACUAAGACUGAAUAUGGAUGAAAAGUACACAGGUUUAAAAAAACAGCUAAGCGAUCUCUGUGGACUUAAAUCAGAACAGAUCCUUCUUGCAGAAGUACAUGGUUCCAACAUAAAGAAUUUCCCUCAGGACAACCAGAAAGUACGACUCUCAGUGAGUGGAUUUUUGUGUGCAUUUGAAAUUCCCGUCCCUGGAUCUCCAAUUUCAGCUCCUAGUCCAGUACAGACAGAUUUUUCCUCUUCCCCGUCUACAAAUGGAAUGUUCACCCUAACCACCAAUGGGGACCUGCCUCGAUCAAUAUUCAUCCCCAAUGGAAUGCCAAACACUGUUGUGCCAUGUGGAACUGAGAAAAACUUCACAAAUGGAAUGGUGAAUGGUCAUAUGCCAUCUCUUCCUGACAGUUCCUUUACAGGCUACAUCAUUGCAGUCCACCGAAAAAUGAUGAGGACAGAACUGUAUUUCCUGUCAUCUCAGAAGAAUCGCCCCAGCCUUUUUGGAAUGCCUCUGAUUGUUCCGUGUACUGUGCAUACCCGGAAGAAAGACCUGUAUGAUGCGGUUUGGAUUCAAGUAUCUCGAUUAGCCAGCCCACUCCCACCUCAGGAAGCUAGUAAUCAUGCGCAAGAUUGUGAUGACAGUAUGGGUUAUCAGUAUCCAUUCACUCUACGAGUUGUGCAGAAAGAUGGGAACUCCUGUGCUUGGUGCCCAUGGUAUAGAUUUUGCAGGGGCUGUAAAAUUGAUUGUGGGGAAGACAGAGCUUUCAUUGGAAAUGCCUAUAUUGCUGUGGAUUGGGACCCCACGGCCCUUCACCUCCGCUAUCAAACUUCACAGGAAAGGGUCGUAGAUGAGCACGAGAGUGUGGAGCAGAGUCGGCGAGCGCAAGCUGAGCCCAUCAACCUGGACAGCUGUCUGCGUGCUUUCACCAGUGAGGAGGAGCUAGGGGAAAAUGAGAUGUACUACUGCUCCAAGUGUAAGACCCACUGCUUGGCAACCAAGAAGCUAGAUCUCUGGAGGCUCCCCCCCAUUCUGAUUAUUCAUCUUAAACGAUUUCAAUUUGUAAAUGGGCGAUGGAUAAAAUCACAGAAAAUUGUUAAAUUUCCUCGUGAGAGUUUUGACCCUAGUGCUUUUUUGGUGCCGAGAGACCCAGCUCUCUGUCAGCGUAAGCCACUCACACCCCAGGGGGACGACCUCUCUGAGCCCAGGGUCCCGGCAGGAGAGGUGAAGAAAGUGGAUGCUCAGAACUCAGCUGGGGAAGACAACACGCUCCUGAGCAAGAGCCCAUCCUCGCUGAGCGCCAAUGUCAUCAGUAGCCCUAAAGGUUCACCUUCUUCAUCAAGAAAAAGUGGAACCAGCUGUCCCUCCAGCAAAAACAGCAGCCCUAACAGCAGCCCUCGGACUAUAGGGAGGAGCAAAGGGAGGCUCCGGCUACCCCAGAUCGGCAGCAAAAAUAAACUGUCAAGUAGUAAGGAGAACUUGGAUGCCAGCAAAGAGAACGGGGCUGGGCAAGUUUGUGAGCUGGCUGAUGCCUUGAGCCGAGGGCACAUGCUGGGGGGCAGCCAGCCUGAGCUGGUCACCCCGCAGGACCAUGAAGUAGCUUUGGCCAACGGCUUCCUUUAUGAGCAUGAGGCAUGUGGCAAUGGCUACAGCAAUGGUCAGUUUGAAAACCACAGUGAAGAAGACAGCACCGAUGACCAAAGAGAAGAUAUUCAUGUUAAGCCUAUUUAUAAUCUAUAUGCAAUUUCGUGCCAUUCAGGAAUUCUGGGCGGGGGCCAUUACGUCACUUAUGCCAAAAAUCCAAACAGCAGGUGGUACUGUUACAAUGACAGCAGCUGUAAGGAACUUCACCCUGAUGAAAUUGACACCGACUCUGCCUACAUUCUUUUCUAUGAGCAGCAGGGGAUAGACUAUGCACAAUUUCUGCCAAAGAUUGACGGCAAAAAGAUGGCAGACACAAGCAGCAUGGACGAGGACUUUGAGUCUGAUUACAAAAAGUACUGUGUGUUACAGUAA